AUGGCCUUAUCUACGCCUCCCCGCGAAACUUUAGCUGCUGCCGAGUGGUCGUUCAUUGCAUCAAGAAUCAAUGAGAUCGUGCUCGAUCUCAACCCAUCUAUUGUCCUUCGAUCCCUUACACCCGACUCCCGCACUCAAUCACGGAGCUUACUACAGUAUGGGAUGCAGAUUGAGCAAGCACAUAUCAAGCAGCUCAGCGGCUUUAUGGCAAUUGAAGGCAUUGCUCCCAUGGGACCCUUACGGGUUUUGUAUCAAUCAUUCGUAGAUCCUGGCGAUCUGGGCGUGGAAUUGGUUCACCAGAUGGCUUACGAACAUCGUCUAUUGCUCAUGGAUGAUGCGAAUGAGCCCAUUCGAGUCUCAUUAGGCCUCUGGCGUGUGUGCUGCUUCUUCCGCAUCCAUCUCGCCCUUGCGAUCGGCCCAGAACCUGCAGGCAUUCCCGAGUGGUACCAUAACCCAGAGGAAAAUCUUAAGGGGCAUAAUGACAAUGUCCUUGCACAUACUGCAGGAGAACUUUACAUUCAGCUACAGAAAUGGGGUUCUCCUUCGCAGUCAACUGCCACAGCCCUUGUCGGUGAACUUCAAGCUCUCAUUGUUGGAAUCAAUUCCCUCGCCGAGCAUAAUGACGAGUAUGGGCAUGCACUGGAGAGGGAGGUCACUAGGAGGGAGCUGGAGCUGGUUUGUAUCUACCUUCGUGAGCAUCCUGAGGUUGAUAUCCCCUCAAAGCUCAAGGAGGAUUUGGCGAGGGUGGGGAACUACUCGGCGUCUGACAUCGAGAAGACAUCGACCGAGCUGAUAAUGGUGCGGCAGCCGGUGGCACGGGAGCGGUAG